AUCAGAUUCUUCACAAAAUAUCCGUCCAAUUUGGAAAAAUUUCCUUUCCGCGAUAUUCCAGUGACGGAAUUACAUAACAGCGCCCGCUUCCGCGCCCACUGUGGCCGCAUUAUCAAGACUUUUGAUCAGUCAAUCAGCCAACUGGAGGAAGAAGGUGGUCUGGAAAAGAUACAAGAAAUAUGGGAAGGUUUGGCAAAAUCACAUGUGGAACGUCACAAUAUUGCCAAGCCUUCAUACCUUGAACUCCGCGAAGCCAUUGUGGAAGUGUUGAGCGAAGCGUGCAACCUGAAUGAGCGUCAAGCGCAAGCCUGGAACAAACUGCUCGACAUUGUGUACGACAUCAUCUUCAAGAAAUACGAUGACUUGGGUGCUCAAUAAUGCUGGAACAGCUAGCUAAAGGAAGGCGGCGGAGUGCUGAAGUAGUACACAUGCCAACAUAACAACACGCACACACACUCACACACGUAGAAGUAGUGGGAGAAGUCGCCUAAAUACCAGCUGCUCGUGUAUUUCUUAAUGCUCAAUUUUAGUAAAGGAACACUCGAAAAUAUACAAACAGGAAGACACACACACACACACACACACACACAUUUAGGGAAUAUCAACGUCGACGCUUUAACCUGCUUUUGUAGCGCAAAAAUAUUUAUUGAGAAAAAAAGGUGAAACAUAAUGAAGGAAAAUGUAGAAAAUGUCAUAAAACAUAUCUGAAAAAGAAAAAUACUAAAAAUUUACCGGCAACUUGCUUAAUUGUAAUGACACCCUGUAUUUGUUCCACCAUUGCUGCUGUUUUUGUGUUUGUUUUUUGUUAUUGUUAUUGUUCAAUAACUAUUUGUGCAUACAUACAAACAGAAUUGUACAUGCAUAUAUGUACGUAUGCAUAUUUGACCGCAGUGUUUGUUGUUUGUUGUUGCAUUUCUACGCCACUCAAGAAACUUUGAAUAGAAGCUGUACCGCUUCUUAGCAGCAAUCCAUACAAAAACCACUAUGUACUCUUAAAGUUUCCGUUUACCUCUAAGAAAAUAUUUUGCUAAUGGUUUCUAAACUUUGUAAUUUUGUGAAUAAAGUAAAAUGUAAGAAAAUAAAUAAAA